AUUAAGAAAGCGUAGGAACUAGAAAGCAAGCAGGAAGUUCAGAACUCGAACAAUGGAGUAUCCACUAAUCCAUGAUUGCAGAUUCGCCGUCGGAGAAAACCCUUACAUCAUUAGGGCUUGUAAGCUCAGAGGAGCCAACAGUUUUCUAUGUCAUGAACGAUUCAAAUUCAACUCUUCCAUUCGACAGAAGAGUCGGCCACGAGAAAUUAGGGUUGAGAAGCAAGCCCGAGCCAAAAAAUGGCUCUUCCCCUCCUCCUCCUCCAACGAAAGCAAUUGGAAUUCGAUUUCUGAAGCUUGUAUUGAGUGUUUAAGACGCUUUAAUUUCCCUUUAAUACUGGUUUCUGGAAUCAGUAGCAUUUACUUGUUCUGCUUCAAUCUCUGCUCAGAAGCUCAUGGAAAUCAAACUCCUUUAUUUGUUGGAUCUGCUGCUUGUGAAGAUGUUUCCAAUUACUAUUCCCGUGCUGAGAAGAUAGAAGGAGAAGCACUAAAGAAAGAAUUGCAGGCUAUCAUCUCAAGUCAUCAUCAAUCCUUAUCCUACAAAGAGGUAUGGGAAGCACUCAAGAUUCUUGAUGCUGCUGAUGUUGAUAAUCCUUAUGAUUCAUCAGAUAUAAUUGAAAUUUACUCCUUGAGAUCUGCUUCAAAAUCCAUAGCAGGAAAACUUGAAGGAUGGAACAGAGAACAUCUGUGGCCUCGUUCUUAUGGACUAACUCAUGGCCCAUCUUUAACUGAUUUACACAAUAUUCGUCCAGCAGAUGUGAAUGUAAAUUCAUCUAGAGGAAACAAAUACUUUGGAGAAUGCCUCAGGAACUCAAUCGAUUGUGUGAAGCCAGCAAACAAGGAAGCUGCUUCUGAUACUGAAACAGAUAAGGAGAGAUGGGCACCACCUGUACAGGUUAGGGGAGAUAUUGCGAGGGCAAUAAUGUAUAUGGCUGUACGUUAUGGGUUUCAUCAGGUGGGUGGAAAUCCUAUUCUUCAUCUUUCUGAUUCACCAAGCAUUAGAAACAGAGAGAUGGGUUUGCUUUCAACAUUGUUGAAAUGGAAUAGACUUGAUCCACCAUCAAGAGCUGAGCAGUUGAGAAAUGAGAGAGUUUGCAGGCUCUACCAGCACAAUAGAAAUCCUUUCAUAGAUCAUCCAGAAUAUGCUGAUCUCAUAUGGAACCAAUCGUCGAUGGCAUGGGUGAAUGAGUUCCAUUGCAAGAACAGAGGUAGAGACCAAACUGAAGAUGUUAUUGGGAGGCAAAAGCAAAGCAAGGGGAUUAUACCGAAGACUUCAAAGAUCAUUGGGAAGCACAACAAUAGAUGUUUGGAGUGA